AUGGUCCGAGGGGCUGACACGUUGAAUGGUCCGAACGAGCCGAGCCAGUGUCGAAGCCUAAAUUUCUCUGAUGCACCAAAAUCUGUGAUAGCAGCUUUUGAUUGGACUUCAGCUGUUCUGCUAACAGUGUCAGACGAUGAAUUUGUGGUUGAUGAUGCCGGGAAACAUAUGGAAGCUAUUGAGCCUCCAGCUCUGCCGACUGUAUCUGGUUCACCUGUUCUCUCAACAUCACACUCCAUCCCGAGGGUUCCCAGCAGUGGCAAUAAGCACCCCUCUAUGGACAGUUCGUUGUCCAGAAGUUUGGAGAAUUUCAAGUGGUUCCAAAAUAACGGUAAGCGCCCAAAAUUCAGGAUGCGUGCCGAGAUGAUCGACACCAGGUCGUAUCGUAGCGCCGGUAGUGAGAGGUCAGACGAGCUGUCGUUGAGGUCCUUACGGCGUGCUGGCGGUACAUACAAACGUGAGAAGAUGCCCGUUUCGGUGGGUAUCAUUACGGUGAUGAUGUUCAUUGCCGGUGGAGCGAUUUUGUUCGCAGUUUGGGAGGAUUGGAAUGUUUUUGAUGGUGCUUACUAUUCGUUCAUCACACUCAGUACAAUCGGUUUCGGUGAUAUAGUGCCCGGACAAAGUUUGGGUGAUGGAUCACAAGAGAAGCUGAUCGUGUGCGCGUUAUAUUUGCUAUUUGGAAUGGCAUUGAUCGCGAUGUGUUUCAAGUUGAUGCAAGACGAUGUUGUACAGAAAGCAAGAUGGCUUGGACAAAAAAUUGGAAUUCUCGGUUUGUUGCGAUUAGACAUCGAAUAG